CUUACUCGACCGUUCCUCCCAAUAAAUUUCAAAUUAUAAAUUUUUCGAAACCUCCAAAAAAAGGAAUUUCCCGGCGUCGAAAUCGAGAGAAAACAAAAAUCCAAUCUUUUCCGGUGAUAAUGGGUUGCGUCUCAUCGAACCUCCUGAAUCACGACGACGAUUUCCCUCAGAUCGGAGGUGGCGCCGCCUUUGGCCACCACAUCGUCAAGCUUACCUCCACCACUUAUGGUCUUCUCACUCUCGAUCCUCCUCCUCCUCCAUCUUCUCCUCCUAUGACGCCGCCUGAGAAAUUCACCGUCGACGGCACGGAGUCAAAUUCGCUGUGGUCCGAGCCAAGGCUAAUUAAGUCUGAGCCGGAGGUUAUCAACUCCUGGGAGUUAAUGUCUGGUCUCGACGGCGAGAGUUUCCGAUUCACCCCUCUCCCAAAGACUCCGGUGAAGUACAAAGUCUUUGGCGGAGAAAACAAAGAGAAUUCAGAUCCAAAUCGGAGAAACCCUAGAAAAUCGUUGAACGACGGAGCUCUGAAACCGCUAGAUCCGAAAGUCGAGCGGAUUUGUCUUCCCGGAGAAGAGAAUUCGGAUCCCAAUCGGAUAAACCCUAGAAAAUCCUACGCUCUGGAAUCGCAAGAUCAGAAAAUCGCGGAGAAAUACGAGAGGAUUUGUCCACCAGGAGGAGAUCAUCGCGUGGUGAUCUACACAACGUCGUUGCGCGGCGUGCGUCGGACAUUCGAGGCGUGUAACGCCGUGAGAGCGGCGGUGGAGAGUUUCGGAGUAGUGGUCUGCGAGAGAGACGUGUCGAUGGACAGAGGAUUCAGAGAAGAGCUCGCGAGUCUAAUGGCGAAGAGGGUUAAGAAAGACGAGGAGGCUGCAUUGCCGCCUAGGGUUUUCGUUAAAGGAAGGUACAUUGGUGGAGCAGAGGAAGUGCUGAGAUUAGUCGAGGAAGGUCUUUUCGGAGAGCUGAUCCGUGGCCUGCCGAGAAAGAAAACGCACGGCGAUGGAGACGGUGCUUGUGAUGGAUGUGGCGGGUUGUUUUUCUUGCCGUGUUUCCGAUGUAACGGAAGCUGUAAAGUGGUGAAAGGAUGGAGAAGCGAAGCUGUAGUUGUGAGGUGUACGGAGUGUAAUGAGAACGGUCUUGUUCCAUGUCCGAUUUGCAGCUGAGAGAGAUAGAAAAAGAGAGCUCU